CAACCCUUUUCCAUUACAUCUACUCAUUUGUUUUCUCGAGAGAAUUUAGAGACACUAGUAGAUCCCCGACAACGUUAACUCGUUAAGAUAAUGGUGGAACUAAAAGGAGUAAUUCCGACAAUAGACUUGGAAGAAGGUUAUGUUGAGAUUCUGAAUCGAAAGAUCCGUAAGGCAAGUGAGAAAUGGGGAUGUUUCAUGGUGAUAAACCAUGGAGUCUCUUUGUCUUUGAUGGCUGAGAUGAAAAAGACUGUUAGAGAUCUCCAUGAGCGUCCACACGAGACGAAAAUGGGAAACACCGAUGUGUUACUUGGGAGUGGUUACAAGCCUCAAAGUGAGUCGAAUCCUUUGUAUGAAUCAUUAGGUCUUUUUGACAUGACAUCUCCUCAAGCUGUCAGUAGCUUUUGUGAUAAACUCCACGUCUCUGCACAUCAUAGGGAGAUUAUGCUGAAGUAUGCGACAGCUAUUGAUGGUCUUGCAAGGGAUUUAGCAAGGAGAUUAGCGGAGAGUUACGGAGUCAAGGAUCCACAUUUUUUGAGAGGAUGGCCGAGCCAUUUUCGGAUGAACAAAUAUCAUUUUAAGCCCGAAACAGUUGGAAAACUCGGUGUGGAACUACACACUGAUCCUGGUUUCCUGACAAUUCUUCAAGGCGAUGAGGAUGUUGGUGGACUUGAAGUCAUGGACAAUUCUUCAGGAUCCUUUUUCCCCAUAAACACAGCGCCGAACACCCUUCUUGUCAACCUUGGUGACAUGGCUACGAUAUGGAGCAAUGGAAGGUUAUGCAAUGUGAAGCAUAGAGUGCAAUGCAUAGAGGCAAAAGUGAGGCUUACAAUCGCCUCGUUCCUAUUAGGACCAGUGGAUAGAGAUCUUGAAGCUCCAGAUGAAUUUGUGGAUGCUGAACAUCCGCGACUAUACAAGCCUAUCAGCGACGGAGGAUUAAGAAAGAUUAGACUGAGCAAGAAUCUUCAUGCUGGUGGAUCUCUCAAGUUUAUAACCUAUGAAAGACUUAAAAAUGACGUCCCAAAUUAAGAUAUAUUUUUGGGCACUGUUAAACGAACCAUCUUAAUUCUCAAAAUAAUUUUAUUAUUUUGUUACAAUGGAUCAUAUCAUAAAUUUCAUGCUACUUAAUUAAUAGUAUCCCGUUUUUUUCUUCCAA